GGGGAUUGCAUCUUGAGGGCAAGUCGACGGUGUUUGCGACGGGUUUGUAUUAUGUUAUGUUGAGGAUUUUGGGGUUGGAUAAGGAUCACCCGCUGGCUAGGAAGGCUAGGGGGUGUCUCCUAUCUCUUGGUACGUUACUUGGAUCCGGGAACGAAAUGCAUUGUUUCAUAUGCUAAUGAUGAAUCGCGGAUUAGGGGGAGCUAUAGGGAUACCUCAAUGAGGAAAAAUAUGGCUGGCCUGUUUGAAUUUGUUUGACUGGAGUGGUGUCAACUGCAUUCCCGCCGAUCUAUGGCUCUUGCCUAGCUGGCUCCCUUUCCACCCGUCUCGCUGGUGGGUGCAAUGUCGUGUGGUCUAUCUCCCGACUUCGUACUUAUGGUCAAAUCGAUGUACGAUGCCUCUCACACCCCUCCUCGCCGAGAUCCGAGAAGAGAUCUAUACGGAAUCGUACGCGUCCAUCAAUUUUUUGGACUACCGUAACUUUACCGCUCCUACUGACGCUAUACGGAAGAUCUCACCCGUACUCCUAUUUUUCUUCACCCUCAUUUCAUUUUGGUGUAACUACCUUCGCCCGCAAUGGCUCUUCCGCAUGGCGAAUAGGAGAGUAUCAGAGCUGAUGAGACGGGAAGAGCGCAAUACUAAUUAUAACUGCCUCGCGCCCGUAAACAAGGCCUUUCACAUGACUGCCACGGUAUUUGAGGAUGGUCUCUCGUCCGAACGACUACGACACCAUCGCGAACACGUCGAGACAUACUUGUGGCUUGGACCAGAUGGUAUGACCUGCAAUGGCACCAACGGGGUCCAAGUAUGGGAUACAGCGUUUACCGUGCAAGCCGUCGUGGAAUCCGGGCUCGUCGAAAACCGAGAUUUCCGAUCCAAUCUCGAGAAAGCUCACCAUUUUCUCGACAUGUCUCAAUUACGGGAUAACCUAGACGAUCCAUUCCGCCAGCCACGAAAAGGGGGUUGGCCUUUUAGCACCAAGAGUAACGGUUAUAUCGUAUCAGACUGCGCAGCCGAAAGCUUGAAAGCUGUAUUGUUACUCCAAAAUGCAUCGUCAUUCCCAAAGCAUAUCGAGGACUUGCGAUUGAAAGACUGUGUGGACACUCUUCUGCUAAUGCAAAAUCCUGACGGUGGUUUUGCAAGUUAUGAGAAGACACGGGGUGGGGAUUAUCUCGAAUUACUUAACCCGGCAGAAGUCUUCGAUCAGAUUAUGGUGGAACACUCGUAUCCGGAGUGUACCACGGCGGUCUUAACGGCUCUGUCUUUAUUUAGCAGAUAUUAUCCGGAUUACCGACGGCGCGAGAUCGACAGGACUAUCAAUGGCGCUGCGAAAUUUGUUCGCAGCGCCCAGCGAGCGGACGGAAGUUGGUAUGGCGCGUGGGCUAUUUGCUUCACGUAUGCUACAUUCUUCGCCGUGCAGAGCUUAGAGGGUGUCGGUGAGCAGUAUCAUAAUAGCGACGCCGUCCGACGGGCCUGUGACUUUCUUAUAAGCAAGCAGGUGGAUGAUGGGGGCUGGGGAGAGCACUAUCUAUCGUGUCUUGAGAGACGGUAUAUCCAACAUGAAAAGAGCCAGGUGGUUAAUACGGCGUGGGCGGUUUUAGCACUGAUGCAUGCUGGCUAUCCCGAUCCGACGCCGAUUCAAAGAGGUCUUCAGGUAAAUAUUGACUCAGAUAUAGAAUGACUCGUUGUGUAUUGCUAAUAUUCAUGAUAGUUGAUUUGCGACCGGCAGCAACCGAACGGCGAGUGGUUACAGGAGGGUGUCGAGGGCGUUAAGUUUGGCCGCCAGCAUGAUCGGAUAUCCGAAUUAUAAGUUUUAUUUCCCUAUCAUGGCUCUUGGGGCGUACUCGCGGAUGUAUCUUCCCAAGGUCAGAUCCGUUUAGGCCGACGCCCG